UUCCUGUCCAACACUACACAAAAUCUUUCAUUGUUCACUGUUUUGCUUGUAUCUCCAGCUGUGGUCUGUGGCCAAGCCCUACUGAAUACUCGUAUCUUGGGAGGAAGCUCAGUGGCGACAGCUGGCGUGUGGCCGUGGAUGGCAAGUCUACAGUGGAAAGGACGUCAUGUGUGUGGUGGGACUCUGGUGGCUGUGGACUCUGUACUGAGCAACGCAAACUGCUUCUCAAGUUCCCCCAUAGCAUCUGAAUGGACUGUGGUCUUGGGCCAUUUGAAACAGAAUGGCACCAACCCCAAUGAGGUGACACUAAAGGUGACUAAUAUCACCCUGAGCAACCUAACUGGGUCUAAUGUAGCAGUGCUGCAUCUGGAAGCUCGGCCCACCUUGACCAACUUCACCCAGCCCAUCUGCCUGGACAACGGCCAAACCUUCGCUGUGGGCUCAACAUGCUGGGCUACUGGCUGGAGCUCUGGACAAGGAGGGGUGGAAGAAGUUCUGCAGGAGAUUCAGACCUCGGUGGUAAAUUGUGACAAUGCAUCAACAACUGACAGUAUUUGUACAACAUCUUUUACACUGGGGCAGGGUGAUUCUGGUGGGCCAUUGAUGUGUAAGCUGGGUGGCUCUUGGUUCCAGGCAGCAGUGUUGACUGCUGACACUAACACCACUGGGCAAACACGAGCAGCUACAAUGAUGACCUUCACCAAACUGAACCAUUUUGAGAGCUUCCUGGUUAAGACACUGGGGACAUUUUUGUCUCCAACUUCCUCAGCUACAACGACCCAAUCCACCAACAUAACCACCAGCAUAGCCACCAAUCUAACCACCACCUUGACCACUCGUGGGGGCGCCCCUGCUCACUUCCCCUUCUUCUUCCAUCUCCUUCUAUUCUUCAUGUGUCUCCACCUCUUUAUGUAGAGACCUCCAACCUCAUUAUUAAUAGUAAUUACAUGAUGUGACAGGCAAAAAUGAAUGUAAAUCACCUUGAUUUUCAGAGAAAAUAUUGGAUUACUUCUGCAUUAAUUAAUCUAUCAGUUGGUGACCACUUGUGAUAUAGACACAGUCAAGAUAAGGUCAAGAUAAGAUAACAUAAAAUUUAUUUGUCUGUACAGGUACAGCAGCAGUGAAAUGAUAUUGCAACAACUACUGACUGUGCAAAUGGAAAAUAAUUAAAAAU